AUGGGUGAGACAGAGGAUGAGCGUACUGCGCAGGCCAGCGUGCUCUUUGAGAACUUUGUCCAGGCAUCUACCUGUAAAGGGACUCUGCAGGCCUUCAGCAUCCUCUGCAGGCAACUGGAGCUGGAUCCUCUGGACUACAGCAACUUCUACCGCUCACUGAAGGCUGCAGUCAGCACCUGGAAGGUCAAGGCCCUGUGGACCAAACUGGACAAAAGGGCGCAGCACAAGGUCUACAACCAGAAUAAAGCCUGUCAGGGCACCAGGUGUCUGGUGAUUGGCGGGGGUCCUUGUGGUCUGCGGACAGCCAUCGAACUGGCCCUGUUGGGCUGUAAAGUGGUGGUAAUCGAGAAGAGAGACACCUUCUCUAGGAACAACGUUCUCCACCUCUGGCCCUUCACCAUCCAUGACCUCAGGGGCCUUGGAGCCAAGAAGUUCUAUGGAAAGUUCUGUGCCGGCGCCAUCGACCACAUCAGUAUCCGCCAGCUCCAGCUGAUGCUGCUGAAAGUGAGUCUGAUACUGGGAGUGGAGAUUCAUGUCAAAGUGGAGUUUGUCAAACUUGUGGAGCCGCCAGCGGAGCAGACUGACGACAGUCGUGGUUGGCAAGCAGAGGUCCGGCCCUCCAGCCAUCCUGUCUCGGACUUUGAUUUCGAUGUUGUGAUUGGAGCCGAUGGACGCAAAAACACAUUAGACGGUUUCGGUCGCAAAGAGUUUCGAGGGAAGUUGGCUAUCGCCAUCACAGCUAACUUUGUCAACAGGAACACCACAGCAGAGGCCAAAGUGGAGGAGAUCAGUGGUGUGGCCUUCAUCUUUAACCAGAAGUUCUUUCUAGAACUCAGGGAGGAGACAGGAAUUGACUUGGAGAACAUAGUUUACUACAAAGACAACACACACUACUUUGUCAUGACGGCGAAGAAGCAGAGUCUCCUGGACAAGGGGGUCAUCAUAAAUGACUACAUUGAAACAGAGCGACUGCUGAGCCCUGACAACGUAAACCAGGAAGCAUUGCUCUCCUACGCCCGUGAGGCAGCUGACUUCGGCACAAACUACCAGCUGCCGUCCCUGGACUACGCCAUCAACCACUACGGGCAGCCGGAUGUAGCCAUGUUUGACUUCACCAGCAUGUACGCCUCAGAGAACGCCGCCUUGAUCAGGGAGAAGCACGGACAUCAGCUACUGGUCGCACUGGUGGGAGACAGUCUGCUUGAGCCCUUCUGGCCAAUGGGCACUGGUUGUGCUCGGGGAUUUCUGGCAGCCUUCGACACUGCUUGGAUGGUGAGGGGCUGGACACAGGGCAGGAGCCCUCUGGAGAUCCUGGCUGAGAGGGAGAGUAUCUACCGGCUGCUCCCUCAAACCACCACAGAAAACAUCAGUAAAAACUUUGAACAGUACGCCAUUGACCCUGCCACCCGCUACCCCAACCUCAACUCCAGCUGUGUACGCCCACACCAGGUGCGUCACCUGUUCAUUGAUGGCCAACAGGACUCGGGUCACCUGGAAAGAGGAGGACCCACAAGUAGAUCAGCGAACUUGUCCAGAAGAGAGUCUGAUGUGCGUCCUGGCCGGCUGCUGACCUGGUGUCAGAAGCAGACUCAGGGCUACAGGGGGGUUGAUGUCACCAACCUCACAUCUUCCUGGAGGAACGGCCUGGCCCUCUGCGCUCUCAUUCACCGCCAGAGGCCUGAGCUCAUUGACUAUGACUCUCUGAACGAGGAGGACGUGGCGGGGAACAACCAGUUGGCCUUUGACGUGGCUGAGCGACAGUUUGGCAUCCAGCCGGUGAUGAGAGGAAAGGAGAUGGCUGCGGAGGCUGAACCAGACAAGCUGCUGAUGGUUCUCUACCUCUCCAAAUUCUACGAGGCCUUCAGGAACGCCCCGGGGAACGAGAACGGUUCAAGAGAACCAGAUGAGAACAGUAAAGAAUAUCUAGCUAAAACCAACCACAGACUGCUGAACCAGGCCCAGCCCAGGAAGAGGAUACCCAGGGAUGACAAGAAACUGGAAGACGAUUCUGUCAACAAGAGACGGCGAAAGGGGAACCACUACCUCACAGAGUUGUCUUGUCACAGUGCACCCCCUGCUGCUGAGGACGGGGAGCUGCGGGAGAACAAGGUCCGCUCAAUGGCAACUCAGCUGCUGGCCAAGUUUGAGGAGAACUCCUCGACCGCAAAGACAGGCAGCAAGUCUGAUGGAGACUCAUGCGAUCCAUCCUUUUCUCCUCCUCUGUCUCCUUCCACCACCCCACUUCCCCUCUCAGAGGAGGAGGAGGAUGAGGAGGAGGCGGAUGAGGAGGAGGUGAGAGAAAACCCCCGUUUUGCAAAGCCCAAGGACACCCCCCCUCCUCCUCCUCUGCCUCCCCUUCGCCCCAAGUGGCAGCCGUCCAUCUACCUUCGAUUACUAGAGAAUCCCUGUGUUGUGACUCCUCAAAACAGUUUCUUCCUUUCCUCCAAAUCUUCCCGUCCUCAGAGCGGGUACAGUCGCUCUCCUUCGCCCUCACGCUCUAAGAGUCCAUUAAGUCGUCCCCACUCACCAAGCCCUAGUUUUCCUGAACAUUACCACCCAGAAUGCACCUCUCCUCACCUCACAACCAGUCAUUUCUCUGCUUCUGAUGUUGAUCAUUCCUCUGAGAGGUCAGAGAAGUCAGUGCAGCAGAGUAAAGCCCAGAGGCUGUCUACUAGAGAAUUUUCUGGGAGGAGUAUAAAGGACAGAGCUGUGCUCCUGUCCUCCAUGUUUCCUGGGUCCAACAAACCUCCUCCUGCUCCUCUAUCUCCGCUUUCAGCCUCACAGGUGGAACUAUCUACCUCCCUUCCUUCCUUGUCCUCACCUCCUCCUCCUUCUCCCUCUACAUCUAAGAGCUCCAGCGUCUACUCUGUAGUCCACCCUGUCCCUGACCCUACUGCCCAGGCCGGAUUCUCCUCUGUCGCUCUCUACACUGCUGGACACAAGGAUAAGAUACAGAAAGACUCCUCUACUCUCUCGUCUUACACUGACUCUGAAAAACCAGAGCAAAUGUCUUCACUUCGUGUUGAUUCCUCCACAUGCAACAACAAAACAUCCACUGCCCUCUCUCCGACUUGCUUUGAGAGUCAGCAGAUCUCAUCUCCUCUCUCUAACAGUAACUGUGAAAAUGGGCCCAGCAGCUCCUCCGUCCAUCCAGUUUCUUUACUGAACAGGGAAAACUAUGAGAGGUCUCGGUAUAAUCUGGAAAGUGAGCCGGUCCACAAAACUGCUCAGGAGAAAUUUGACGAUAACAAAGUAGCUGAAAAUGAGCACAUGAAGUGCAACGGGAGCUGCGCUCUUGAGACCCCUAGAAGAAUCACUCAAAAGUCAAUUGUUCGCUCUGAGAGUUGUCCGACUGGAGCUCCUAGUUACGUUAAAGAGCGUACAGUUGGAAAGGUAUCCUCAGCCAUAGAUGCUAAAGCUCAGCUACUGGCCGUCCUCUAUGAGACAGACCACAGGCCCAAUGCCACACCGUGUGUGAUGCGGAAGGACUUCGGCGGCAGUGACAUCUGCCACUUCUGCACCAAGAGGGUGUACGUAAUGGAGAGACUGAGCACUGAGGGCUACUUCUUCCACCGCGAGUGUUUCCGCUGUGAUGUCUGUAACUGCACCCUCCGUCUGGGAGGGCAUGCCUUCGACUCGCAGGAGGCGAAAUUCUACUGCAAGAUGCAUUAUGCUCAGCGCCAGUCCAGCAAUCAUGUGGGGAGGCUCAGAAGGAGAAUGGAAGACCAGAGCCAUGUCACACCCACGUCGCUGAAUGGUGGAAACUACUCAGCCACGAGCAGCGUCCAGAUCCAACCCCCAGGUGAGGCGUCAAGCUUUCAUUCAGAGCAGCUUGGUAAAGGUCAGAAAACUGUCCCUGAAGACACAGAGAUGGCUGUUGAAGCUCUGGAUGCUUCCUGCAUAGUCAAACCUACAGCGCAAGAUACUACAGGGGCCAAGGGCUCAAGCCACGACAGUACCAAAGAUCACGGUAACACCAAACAGAAUCAUCGAUGGAAACGAAAGAUCAAAGCGACCUUCCCUCUGAUCUUCAUCAAGCGCUUCCAGAGAAGCUGGCCGCAGGACAAAGAGGGACCAGAGACUGUCCCUGAAUCUGAGUCUGACUUUGAAGAGAUCACUUCAGCAGAAAAACAAACUAACUCCGACAGCAGUUCCAAGACAUCAGCAGACACCCAGAAUCCCCAAGAGGGAAGUGAGGAGACUGAAGAGCCCUCAGCUACGAUAAAGAGAGUCUGCAACGUGUCCAGCCCAAAGAAACGCUUGAUGUUAUCUCUUUCUGAGAAAGAGAAGCUUCUGAACUGGGACGUGCUGGCCACACCAGAGGAAAUUAACAUCAACACCAAAAACACACAUCAACAUGAAGACCAGGUACAAGCAGAGACAGAAGAAGAUAAGCCUCAGACAGACUCGGGCCAGGAUGGGGAACCAUCCCAAAGCCAAGCCUCUCCCUCUUCCCCGUCAGCCUUACAGCUUAUAGCCAACGCCUUCAGGAGGACAUUUAGUGUGACCAAUCCCUCCAGCAGCUCCAACACUGCAGUCACAAUGAGGAACAAACGUGACAGAUCCCGCAAACAGAGGCCCAUGUCAGAAGGAGAUUUCAACUUUAGCUCCCUCUUCAGCAGCGUGGGUUCAGAGCCAGGCAAUCGUGAAGCUCAGUGGGCGUCUGUAGGGGGCGAUCCGUGGGGUGCCGGGCGGGACCUGCCCUCUCUCUUGCAGCAGGUGUCCCUAAAGGGCCGUAGAGACUCUGGAGGGGUGUUCUCUGACAACAUGGCUUCGUUUCCCCGCCGAAGGGUCAAUUUGUUCUCAUCCCUAAGGCUGAGGAAAAGGCAGGGGUCAGAGAGCGAGGGGCAGGAGCAGGAGGUGCAAAAGGAAAUCAGGACAAUACUCACCAACCUCAGAAACAAAGCCUCUAGUCAACAGAAUGUGGAAGAGCCUUCCUCUAGUGACGAUGAAAAUGAGAACCUGACAUCCAAUCAGAAGCUAUGUACAGAGAGACAGAGGAGGAGGCAGGAGAAGACGGUGGCCCAGCAGGCUAAAAGAGAAGAGCUGAAGAGGCUUCACAGAGCUCAGGCCAUCCAAAGACAACUGGAGGAGGUCGCUGAGAAACAGAGAGACCUAGAAGAGAGAGGAGUGGCUAUAGAAAAGAUCAUAAGAGGAGAAACAGAAUCAUCUCAGACUGAUGACAGUGACGAGGGCCAGCUCUAUCAGUCCUGGUUUAAACUCGUUCUGGAGAACAACAGAUUGGCUCGCUAUGAGUCCGAGCUCAUGAUCUUUGCUCAGGAACUUGAACUGCAGGACACACAGAGCCGACUGCAGCAAGAUCUGCGGUGCAGGAUGGCAGUAGAAGAUACAAAGAAGAGUGCCUCUGAGCUGCAGGAGGAGCAGGAGGUCCUGUCAGAGAUCAUGAGGACAGUGGAGAAGCGAGACAUGUUGGUCUCUAUACUGGAGGAGCAGAGGCUGAAGGAGAGGGCUGAGGACAAGGACCUGGAGAGCCUCUUGCUCACCAAGGGCUACGAGUUUCAUUGGAACCAGGCAGAUGACAGCUGGGCGCAGGAGAAGCUGGAGUGAAAGCUGAAUGUUGAGCACCUCAGUGGUUAAGAGCAGGAUGAUUAGUACAGGGUAGAAAAGAACUGUAAGGCGCUAUUUAAAAACAAAGAGUGACAUUUUAUCAUAAUAUUUUGUGCCCGGCUUAUUUUCAUCAAGAUAUAAAUCUAGAAAAUGUGGCGGAUGGAGAUGUCAUGAAAGUCUAGGUGUUUAUUCACCCUAAAGAAGACAGCCAGGAUUAAUCUAGUCUCAGUUUAUGCUGGAAUGCUGAGUUUAGAGAUUGAGGAAGAGUGGAAAUGGAUGCUGAGAUAAUGACUUCCCUCACAGCCAUGAGGGGUAAUAAUGUCUCUGCCAUUAAGGUUAUUUGACCUCUGUGCUGUCAGUCUGUCAUGGCCCGGGCUAACACUGACCUGAAACUGGAUGUGCAAUAUGCUUAACCACUUAUAAUAAUUGGACUGACUGCCUAAUCAACUGCUUUAUGUGGUUGCUUGCCGUGUGACAGAUUUGUCCCUACUGAAACAGAGUGUAGCCUCACUGGAGAACACAUGGAACGAUGCAACACCUUCCCUGAAGUUUUAUUGUUCUGCACAGCGUGAUUUGUUUUAAAUGUGUCAUUAAAUGUCAGAGACGAGCUUUAUGGAAUUCACUGUUAGUCACCUUGUAGCUAUGUGUGUGAGUGUAAGCUCUCUUAUCUAUUUUACUAUAUUUUUUCACUUUGUGCUGGAACACUGUCAAACAAAAUUAAAUUGUAUUUACACCCAGACACCAAUCCGCAUAGGAGAACUGUUGCAUAUUUGUAGUCAGCUGGGAAGAUGUACCUCUGCAAGGUAGCUGAAGACUGAAUCACAGGUCGAAACAUUCAUGCAAGUUGCACAUCUGGCCACACCACUGUCAGUGAUGUCAUAGCCCUUGUCUUCCAUUAGCCAUUAAAACCAACCACCUGCUGUGAUGUCACUGAUGGGGUCAUGGCCAGAGUUGCAUCCCUCCAAAGUUAUCUGCUCUUUCUAUUUCAGAGAGGAUUUCCCCUCUGACUGCUGCCAGCUGAACUGUGAUUGUGUCAUUUUGGUUUUAACCUAGUGUAUGGGCUGUGAGUGAAAAUGACAGGCUUACCUCCCUCAUGAGAAAAUGAAUAAUGUGUUUACAUGAGUUUUAAUCCCAGGUCAAGGACCCACACACUCAUUUGGUCCCUGAGCUUUAUAUGUUAUGUUCGUGUAUGUUGUAAAUUAACAAACACUAAAUUCAGAAUAAGUUAUGUUUUCAUGAUAAAAACUGUAAAUUGUGUUAUGUUUCUAUAUGUUUUGGUUUUAUGCCACUUCAAGUUUAAAUGGAAAAUAUCUUCAAUAAAAAUGUACUGUAAAAUUGU